CAUGGUCGUCCUACAACUAAGGAAGAGCUUCUAUCAAAGGGUUAAACGUAUUCCCACUGGGGAUGGAGGUCAAUUUCCUCCCUGAAAUCUCAGCUCUCUGCACUUCCUUCACUCCACCCUCAACAAAUGUGCAAGAUAUGAAAUUGCUGAGGAAUCUACUGCUUCCUACUUCCCUUUGAAAUCUUAGUUCCCUUAUUUAAAAAACAAAUUUUGCCUCAGUGAACAUUUCUCAAACCUUCCUCAGCCCAGGAGCCUCCGAAGCCCCUACCAGGCCAGCUCUCCUCCUGCAGCCACUCCCUUCACAGGAGGAUGAAGGUCUCCAUGGCAGCCAUAUCCCUCCUCCUCCUCGUCCUCAUUACCACCGUUGCCCUGGGGUCCAAGACUGGAUCCUAUGCAAGAGGACCUUACCACCCCACCGAGUGCUGCUUCAGCUACAUGAUGCGGGCAGUCAGGCGACAGCGGAUUUCAAGCUAUUAUGAGACCAGCAGCCAGUGUUCCAAGCCUGGAAUUGUCUUCAUCACCAAAAAGGGCCAUUACAUCUGUGCCAACCCCAGCGAUGAUUGGGUCCAGGACUAUAUCAAGGAGCUGGAGGAGAUCUGAGUGACCCAGAAGUAGUGGAGAAGGACACAGCUCCGAAUUUAAAGAGACGGGGCUGAACCCCACUCCCAACUUGGCCCCAGACACCUCCUGGGAGCUGCCCUGCCUUGAAUUAAAGACCAUCAUGCCCUUCCCUGCCCUCGUUCAUUUCUACUAAAUUGCCCACUGGCAGUAGACUUGAGGACACUGGUGAGCCCAGCUCAGGGUGGUACUCUCAGCCUCACGCAUCACUCUGCAAAAGUUUGGCCAGAGCCUGGUGCCAAAAAAUGGGUCAGGCCUGCGAUGGAGGUAGAGGAAAACUGAGCAGAAAAUGAGGAAGACAGUGUAAAAGCUACCUUUACACAAUAAUAACCACAAGAAUAACAGAUACCAUUUUUGUAGCGCCUUCUAUAUUCUAAGCACUCUGCUAAGCAGUUUAUGUGCAUUAUCUUAUUUAAGCUUCACAAGUGUAAAGCCAAGAAGUAUCACCUGACUUU